AUGCAAUCGUGCCUCCAUUCUUCGAAAUCUGGCAAUGCCUCCUCAUGGCGUCAUGCCAGGAUCCUAUCCAUUGUGUCAUUCUUUCGACUCCCCACAGAAAUAAGACAUGUUCAUAGAAGCCAAAGUUACUUGCUCCGGCCACUAUCAACUAGACAGAACUCGACCACUUCGAAUUCGGAUGAGUUCAGUGAGGAAAACCCUUCGCAGGAUUUUUGGGAUCAUGUCAAAAAUCGGAAGAGUUCGCAAAUGAGAUAUCUGGAUAUUAAACGCUCCAUUGAACGAAGUCCCAUAGAGCUUCUCAAAUCCAGCAACGAUGACACGUCCAAUCCGGAGGGAUUUGAUGAAGAUAGGAGCCCCUCCAACGGACUCGCUUCUAGCGUGAUCAACCAUUCGCCAAUCCCUCUACGGUCCAUGGAAAUUGGACUGCCAAGGUUGAGCAACAGGCUUAAAAAAGCACGACGACUUUCGAGUCUUAAUUUUCUUGGGAAGUGGCUAGAUUUGCCAGAUGACGAUGCUCGGGAAGCACUUUGGCAACACUUUAGAUCAGAGGAAUCUAGAUCUAAAGUGUCGGAAUCAGCUUUGCCAACGAUCCUAUUGCAGCAUAUUCGGGGCUACCCUUUGACUACAGAUAUGAGCCUUGCCUUGCGUAAGCGAGGCUUCAGUAUAGAUGAUCUAGUCGUAUGGGCCUACAUCAUUCAAGGAAAAGAUACAGAUGAAAAGGCACAACGAUUCCUUUCUUCACCGUCAAAGAAGCCAACAUUUUUAUUAUUGGAAAUUCUCCGUAAAGAAAUAUUGCACGUGGAAACUUUUAGAUCACUUCUAAAUUAUACUUGGACCCGAGUUUUCUCACCAAAUCCCCAACAACGCACAGGAGACUCUUGGCCUGCAUUUUCCGAGUCUACCAUUGAGGAAGAGACAGAGGAAUUAAUGUUAUUCUCUUCGCCUGACAUGGAAUUAACCACUUUCACACUUCUUAUCUCCCGCCUCCUCUAUCAUGCACGGCAUUUACUACCCUCUGCUGUCCUCCCCAUAUCCCAUAUGGUUCCUCCAUAUUUGUUCCAUAAUUUACAUGGUGGGUCUACAAUGGAGCCGUUAGAGCCACAAGCACAUAGCCGAUGCUCUCAUUUGCUCAAUAAACUACUUCACGCCCUUUCUCGACCAUCACAAUUUGUUCCAUUUAAAUCCAUGAUCCAUAAUUGGCAUGCGCAAAGAGUCCUAUUGCGUUUAGCGAAUCAGACCAAGCCGCCUUUGAUCAUUGACAGGGGCGGUUACCAUGCCGUACAAGUUGUACUACUUGCAUUGCAAAAGACCGAUGAUGAAUCCAGAUUAGCUAAGCUCCAGGCGAGAAGUUGGCCUCCCUGGAGGAUAGACCAAGAUGGUAUGGAUGCCCGGAGAUGGCCAGAUGAAGAUCUGAGUAGGGUUGUCUUUGCAAUAAGGCAAAUGAAGCAAGCCGGAUACAGUUCGAAUAUUAGCACUCAUGCUCAUGGUAUUCUUGGGGGACAAGAAGAUGAUGGGACACCAACAAUCCAUACCAGGUCUUUGUCCAAAGGUCGUAUCAGAAAGUUGCGCUCUUUGGUAAGAUCGAGUCCUCUGCACCACCGGGUCUGGAGUUCAAGGAUCACAGCGACGCGUGAUGUACAGGAAGCUUGGAGCGCAUUCAAGAGUUUCCAGCAUCUAGGUGGCACACCCACCUCUUCCAUUUAUCAUGCUAUGAUGGAGAAAGUUGAAGCUGAAAAUAGGAGAGCCGGUCGUUCUCGAAUGAUAGAUGUUACACCUGGCGAGGGGAAAGAAGUUCUUCCACCGUCCGUCGACAACUUCAGCGAUUACUACAAAGAGGAGCUUCGACCGCCACCAUCCAUUGAUUUCUUGUAUGAAACCAUGAUGUCAACUGGGGUACGGCCACAAAGCGACUGUCUAAAUUUCCUUAUUAGUCAUGCCAGGGGAAUACCUGAUGGUAUAAAGUAUAUUCGCGAAAGUGGGCAGCGACGUACUUUCUUGAAGUAUAUCGUUGGCCAAAACGCCAAUCCACCAGCAAAAAUGACAUCUGCGGAAAUUCGCAUCGUUCAUGCAUUCGUCACCUUACUUUGCAGGUGUACGGAUAAACUUAUCCCACAGGCUUCUUCAUACUCCGAAAUAUCAGUGUUCAAAGAUCUGAAAGGGCUUCAUGAAAAUUUCCCAGAUGUCAUCAACGAUAUCAACGCAAAUGAGACGAUGCCGCGGACGCUGCCUAGAUCUAGAAAGUCUGGUAUUAAUCCGCUGUCUCACGCACUGGAGCUCAUACGAACCAGCCAGACAAGAUAUAAGCCUACAUGGUAUGCGGUCUUCAAUGCACUUGCUAGGCCUGGCAUCACAAUUGACCCCAAUAUAAUCGGUGACCCGCAAGAUGAUAUUAAUUCCUGGAGAAUCUCUGCUGCUGUACUGCAGGACUUUCAUGACGCGGGGCUUGAGCUUGAGCCAAACGGCUUUCAGUUUAUUUGUCGAGGAUUGGAAAAGGCAAUGGUUGCGUCAUCCCGAAUGGACCAAAAUUUGCCGUUCGCGGACGAUGUUCUACUUGUGAAAGAUGAAUUUGCAAAGUUAUCUUCGACAAGUUUCGAUAUUGGACUUCCGACCUUUGCUCACGAUUUACAUAGCAAACUACACGGCGCUGUUCUACAUGCCUACGUACGUGUUCUAGGAAUAGCAGAGGAUUUCGAGGGCAUCAAAGGUGUAAUAGAGUGGAUGGUACUUCAUCACGAGCGUUUGAUUACUGAGGCUCAGUGGAGUCGCAAUGGUCACGAGCUCUUGAAAAGAACUUUAAUAGCUGCAAAGGUCUUUUGCAAUGGGACAUCCUAUGAAGAAGAAUCACGCAUAUUAGUGGAAAGCGCUGAGGGCUGGGCAUGGCCAACUGAUCAGGAUGCUAGGGCUUACGUUGAAGGGGGCCCAUCGUUAGAAUCCGGUGAAAGCUCUUUAGUGAGUGAUGAAAAUGAUGCAAAAGAUGAGAAGAGCUUACUGCAGGAUUUCUACUGA